AUGGCAACCAAUACAAUAAAAAAUUCUUCUGAUUGUGCUAAAUGUGCUAUUUGUCGAUGCCGUUGUUGCAUAAAUAAACGUACGAAAUGUUCACGAGUAAAAAAAACUCUUAUUCAAUCAGAUAUAAAAUUAAAUGAUCAUGAACGACGUUGCUGUCUAAUUCUGGUACGACAUGGAAUCAGCCAAGAUGAAAUUGAUAAGCGUUUUUCCGGAUGGAAUGAUUGUGAUUUAUCAACUAUUGGCAAUGAACAAAUGCAUCGAACAGGUCAAGCUCUUCAUCAAGCAAAACUUUCCGUCGACAUCUGUUUUACUAGUGUACUUAAACGUGCAGCUAAAUCCUUAUUUAUUAUCCAAGAAGAAAUGGAUUAUCUGUGGUUACCAGUCUAUAAUACAUGGCGACUUAAUGAUCGUAUGUUAGGCAAUCUAACGGGUUUUAAUCGCGAUAGAGCCGAUGCUUUAUUUGGUCAAAAUCAAAUAAAAGAAUGGCUCACUCGACCAGAAUUAGCACCACCGUUACUCGAAGAAUCAAAUGCAUUGCAUCCGCAAUCGAAUUAUAAAUAUCAUCACAUAUCUUCUAUUGUUCCAUCAACAGAAACACUUUCUGAUGUUCGAAAGCGACUUUUACCAUUUUUUUAUGAUCAAUUAUUGAGCAAUUUAUAUCUUGGUAAAAAUAUUAUUCUUGUCACACAUGAAGAUAUAGUAAAAGCAAUUAUUCGCCUUAUGAAUAACUAUGUCGUAGAUGACUUUGUCAAUUAUGCAGUACCAAUAGGAAUACCUAUUGUCUUUGAAUUCUCAUUAAAUACUAAUGAAUUUAUCAAUCGUUAUUAUCUUUCAUCGACAUUACUGGAAAACAAUACCGAUAAUCAACAUCAAUUAUUUCCGACAGGAUUUGAUAAUAAUAAAAUAAAACCAACCAAAGAAUUCCCUGUAUUAAAUUUUGAUUCGAAAACAUCUAAAUUACAAACGGAUCUUGAUAUUAAAGCAAAUUCAAUAGAUCAAAUAUAUCCAUCUAUUGAUCAACAACAAGAGGACAAGACGCUUAAAUUUUCAAUGCUGUCAACUACUGAUAUUGCAUCGUAUCAAUCUGAUAUAUUGAAGUAA